AUGAGCGGGGUUGCGAAGAAGGUGACAGAUGUGGCGUUCAAGGCGUCAAAGACUAUUGAUUGGGAAGGCAUGGCCAAGCUCCUUGUCACCGACGAGGCUCGCAAGGAAUUCGCCAAUCUCCGCCGCGCCUUCGACGAUGUUAACUCUCAGCUCCAGACCAAGUUCAGCCAGGAACCCGAGCCAGUAGACUGGGAAUAUUACAGAAAGGGGAUUGGUUCUCGCUUGGUUGACAUGUACAAGGAAGCAUAUGACAGCAUUGAGAUACCAAAGUAUGUGGACAAAGUCACUCCUGAGUACAAACCCAAGUUUGAACAACUGAUGGUGGAACUCAAAGAGGCAGAGCAACAAUCUCUCAAAGAAUCUGAACGCUUGGAGAAGGAGAUUGUUGAAGUCCAAGAGAUGAAGAAAAAGAUCAGCACCAUGACUGCAGAUGAGUACUUUGAGAAGCACCCUGAGCUAAGGAAGAAGUUUGAUGAUGAAAUCCGAAACGACUACUGGGGUUACUGA